AUGCAUCUUCGAGUAAUUCCCUUUUUGGCUGCAGGUGUCGCGGUCGCCUUUGCGGCUCCACAUCAUAGAAGGCACGACGGCUUUCAAGUCGACACUUUCAAGCAUCCCGGUGCUCUUCACUCCUCCUCGGACAUUCAGCGUAUCAGGAACUACGUCGAGGAGAAGAAGCAACCGUGGCUUCGGGCGUAUGAGCAUCUCGAGAGCAUGCCUCUGGUGCAGACUAGCUGGCAGUCAAGCGCGCACGAGAUUCUCGUUCGAGCAGCAGCCGGAACUUCCAAUUUAACGAACAACUAUCCCUCUGCGUAUCGAGACGCGCACUCGGCAUACGGCCUGGCGCUUCGCUGGCUCAUUGGUGGCAACACCAGCUAUGCAGACGCUGCUGUCAGAACCCUCGACGCCUGGGGCAGCACCUUGAAGAAGAUCGAUGGCAAUGAAGACAAGUUUCUCGCCGCUGGGCUCUACGGCUAUCAAUUUGCAAACGCCGCGGAACUGCUUCGUGACUAUCCUGGAUGGGAUCGUACCAAUAAGACAGCUUUUAGCAGCAUGCUGAGCUCCGUCUUUGCCCCCAUGAACCAAGACUUCCUCAUCAAUCACAAUGGCAAGCCGAACUUUUAUUACGCCAAUUGGGACCUAUGCAACAUAGCUUCAAUGAUGGCCAUCGGCAUCUUCACCGAUAAUGCCACCAUGUACAACUGGGCUGUCGACACCUUCCUGCAUGGACUACCCGACUCAAGCAUCGUAGUCAACGGAGCUCUUCCCUACUUUUCCAUUGCCAACUUUACCGAAGUAGACACGGGUAAGACCUUGAUGGAAAUUCAAGAGUCCGGACGAGACCAAGGCCAUGCGACACUUUGCAUCGCUUUGGCCGGCAUAAUUGGUCAACAGGGCCAGAAUCAAGACGUCGACCUCUACGGAGCUUUUGGGAACCAAAUUCUCAAUGGUGCUGAAUACGUGUCGAAGUACAAUGUUGGCCAGGAUGUGCCCUUCCAGCCCUACACCAGCUGGGAAGGCAACCUCACGGUCGUAUCUCCCAAGGCUCGCUACGAAGUCCGGCCAGGCUUCGAAGCGGUCUUUGCGCACUACAACAAUGUUCGUCACUUCGACGCUUCUUGGACCAAAGCCUUCCGCGACUACGUCAACAGCAACAACACGCUCGACAUUGAGGGCGGCGGUGGUGACUUCGGUCCCAACUCUGGAGGGUUUGAUGCCUUCGGCCAUGGCACACUUCUCUACAGAAUCAGCCCAGAGUAG